AUGCAGUCAUACAAUCACUUGCCAUCUCAACUCAAGAACCACUACUUCAUUGGUCGUCAUGGCUUUUCUUUGGCCAACAAUGCUGGUCUCAUUUGCUCAAACCCAGAUAUUGCGAUCCCUACCACCGGUGGUCCUCAUGGUCAAGGCUGGGGUUUGCACGAGCGUGGCAAGGAACAAGUCAAGGAGAAAGCAGGCCUGUUAGCCCAACACUUGUUUGCUGACAACAAAAAGCCCGAGAUUGUCAUCUUUUGCUCGCCCUUCGUGCGUACUCAUCAAACUGCCCAAAUUAUUCGUGGCGUGUUGAAUGAGACUGUGCCUGUUGCCGAACCUAUUCCCAACAUCGCCCUGCGUGAACGCUUCUAUGGUGAAUAUGACAUGACCUCGGAUGAAAACUACAAGCUUUGCUGGAAGGAUGAUGCUACUGGUCCCGAUCAUGGUGAGCAUAGUGACAAGGGAGUGGAAUCACCUAGCAGCGUGUGUGAGCGCACUACCCGUUUCAUUGUCGAUGAAAUUGAGAGCAAGAUGGAAGGCAAGGUGGUGAUCCUCGUUGCACAUGGUGACGUUUGCCAAAUCAUGCAAACUGGUUUUAUGCACACCGACGCCUGGCGUCAUCGUGAAAUGGAGCACGUGGAUACUGCAGACUGGCGUGACAUGGAGCUCGUCAACAACAAGGCUUAA